UCAAUUGGAAAAUACAUCAUCUAUAUUGUAACAAAUUUAUCUCAGUUAUAUUGAGGAAUCGAUAGAUAAUUGACAAUGCAAAUCUUCGUUAAAACUUUAACAGGGAAGACUAUUACCCUAGAAGUAGAAGCAUCAGAUACGAUUGAAAAUGUGAAAGCUAAGAUACAAGAUAAAGAAGGCAUCCCUCCAGAUCAACAAAGAUUAAUUUUUGCUGGAAAACAACUUGAAGACGGUCGUACUUUAUCUGACUAUAAUAUUCAAAAAGAAUCUACUUUACAUCUUGUAUUGCGUCUUAGAGGAGGUGUUAUUGAGCCAACUCUUAGAAUUCUUGCUCAAAAAUACAAUUGCGACAAAAUGAUUUGUAGAAAAUGUUAUGCUCGUCUUCAUCCUCGUGCUACCAAUUGUCGUAAAAAGAAAUGUGGACAUACAAACAAUAUCCGCCCAAAGAAGAAAUUAAAAUAAAUAAUUUAUUCUAAAAAAUU